UUUGUCCAUUCACCGAAAAGAGUAAUUGAUCGAUUUGUAUACUGGAGAAAUUUAGACGCCAAUAAUUGGUCUUAUUUCCAGGGCCCUGUGUAUAUUUCAACUUUAAUGUUUUCGAUCCAUACUGAAGAGCAGGUUGUAGACCAUUUGCUGGGAUAUUUUGCAUUCAAACGCCGUUUCACCUGGAAUACAAGUCGACCUGUACUUAGGCCCAGAAGAAUAAGAGCAGUUUGUAGAUCACGUCAAAAGGAUUUUGUUGCCUCUGCUUCCUUGACAAAAGAAUGGAAAUUGAACUAUAACAGUUCAAUGCCGAUAUGAAUUUUUGACAAUAUUUGCCGAGAAAAAUCAUCCAUUCUCGCGGUUUAAGUUGUGCUCAGUAAUUUGAAUGCUGGCAAAAGCAGUAAGCCAUGAGUAUCUUAAGCGAUGAGGUCAAUUUUCUGGUCUAUAGGUAUCUUCAAGAGUCAGGAUACAAGCACUCAGCCUUUACUUUUGGGAAAGAGAGCCAUGUUGCUGAUUCAAAUAUUAAUGGGAAUUUGGUUCCACCAGGUGCUCUUAUCAACAUUAUUCAAAAAGGAGUUCAAUAUAUUGAAGCAGAGCUAUGUAUUCAUGAUGAUGGAACACUAAUUGAUGAUCUUGAAAAUUUGGAGCCAAUACCACUAAUAGAUGCUGUCAUCCCAGAGGCCCUUGCUGCAAGAGCUGCAAAUAUUUUACAGUCUGCAGUUCAGAGUUCAGACCCAGUAAAAGAUCUCACAAUUGAGAAUAUUGAAGCUAUGGAUGUUGAUGCACAUAUUGAAAAUCAUUUAAUUUUGAAUGGACACGAGAGUGAAGUGUUUUUCUGCACAUGGAAUUGUGCAUCUAGGGUUCUAGCCACGGGGUCUUCUGAUGGUAUGGCUAGGUUAUGGUAUGUUGGAGAUGAGACUGAUGGUAAAAAUGUAAAAUCUGUCCAGUUAGAUCAUCAGCUUUCAAACCUCAAAUCUAUGACAAAAGAUGUGACAGCAAUGGAAUGGAAUCCUACUGGCAAUUCACUUGCAAGUGCUGCCAUUGAUUGUAUCAUUCGAAUAUGGAGCCUUGAGGGACAACAGACAAUAACUCUUGUUGGUCACAAGGGGCUGAUAUUUGCAAUUAAAUGGAACAAGAAAGGCUCAUACAUAUCAAGUGCAAGUCAGGAUAAGAGAUGCCUAGUAUGGGAUACAUCAUCUUGGGAGCUGAAGCAAGCAUUUGAGCAUCAUCAAGGUCCCGUGUUAGAUAUCGACUGGCAGAACAACACGACUUUUGCGACGUGCUCAACAGAUACGACAGUGACUGUCUGCCGAAUUGGGCUAGAUAAACCAGUUAAGACCUUUUCUGGUCACACGGAAGAGGUGAAUUGUGUUAGAUGGGAUCCAUCUGGUAAUUUAUUGGCUUCGUGUUCUGAUGAUAGAACUGUAAAGAUUUGGACUUUGAAACAAGAUAAUCAUAUUCACGAUCUGACGGGGCAUACUCGGGAGGUUACACUUGUUGAAUGGUGUCCGAUUCACUCAACAAAUAUCCUAGCAAGUGCAAGCUAUGAUGCAUCGAUACGGCUAUGGAACAUUGAACAGGACACGUGUUUACACACAUUAACGAGACAUCUAGAACCAGUAGACUCGAUAUCUUUUAGUCCAGAUGGUAAAUAUUUAGCUUCAGCGACGUUAGAUGGAAUAUUGAACAUUUGGUCCAUACAGAGUGGUGAUUUUGUGCACACACAUCGAAGUUCAAGUGGGUUGUUUCAAGUAAAAUGGAGCCCCGAUGGCACUAAACUUGCCGUUUCGCAAUCUGACAAACAGGUGAAGGUUUUAGAUGCUUUGAAGCUGACAGGUACUUCAUGAUACAGAGACGAUGGGUACAGAUGCUUCAAUGAUAGCAGAAACCAGAAAGCUCUUAUUCCAGCAUUCGGUCAAUUUUGACGAUUUCGCUGUGAUCUGUUCGCAGGCGGUUUAAAAAUCAGUGAGAAACUUUAUCUCUGAGAUAAAGUCCUAUUUAUCUGCCAUGACCGGCUGGUCAAUAAAUAGACUAUUACUCCUGAGACCGAUUACUAACAGGGCCGGAACAUGUUCCUCUAUCUUUGUGCGGGAUGAAUUAACAGCAAGCUACGGAGGCGGAUCCUAUAAUUUCAAUUUUUUUCGUAUGCUAUUAUAAAUUUAUUCUAGGACAUAAGAACAGUCAUCACUGAGUUGCUUCGUCAAAUCAAUUUUGCGUUGGAGCUUCAAAUUAUAAUUUUGUAAUUUUAUUUGUAUUUGUCAUGUAUUUGCUUCCGUAUUUCCUUUAUUCCGGUAUUCUUCCUACCAA